GCACAUAUUGCAACGACAACAACCAAGCAACCAACAACCAAAGACACCGCCGACGCCAAAAGAUCAUAACCCUGCACGCAACAACAAAAACAAAAUACACGGGUGGCAGUGCUGGUGAUAAUAAUACCACCGUGCACAGUGUUAAUUAUAAUGUUUUAAAUAGAAAUGGCAAAGAUGUGAAUUAUAAUUACAAGUUAAUGGCACAUGGUGGCGAGCUGCGUAAAAGUGAGAAUCGUUAUUUUUGCGGUAGUGACAGUAAUUUUAAUCAUAGUGCCACAGCAGCAAUUAAACCGAAUAUAACAAGAACGACAACAACAACAACAACAACAGCGACGUCAUCAUCUGAUGAAAUAGAUGCUAGCAGAAUGAUUAAAACUCAACCACGUCUUACCAGUCCUUUGCUUGUGCGAAAAACUUUAAGCAACAACAGUAGCAGAUCACCUACGCGCUCUACAACCAAUACAAUUGCUAACACAUACCAUUACAGCUAUGGUAAUAAUAAUAAUAAUAGCAUUGGUGGUGGUGGUGGUGGUGGUCGUAGUGGUAGCAGCGUUGGAGACAACUUUGACAAGUUCAACGUAAAUGGCAAUAUCAACCAAAACAGCAAUAACAACUAUGCUUAUAAUAAUAAUAAUAAUAAUAAUACCCAUGCACAUUACAACAACAAUAGUGAGAUACAACGUAAAACAUCGACUCGUUAUGAUUUUGAGGAUUUGUUACGUGAACGACGUGAGAAGGUUUUCACCGAAUACCGAGCGACAACACAUGAUGUGUCAUUAUCGCCUGUGCCGCCGCCAAGACGUUUUGCCAACGGCUCGAUACAAUUGCCUUCGACGUUGCCAACAUCCACAUCACGUCGUCCGCGGUCGCCUCAAUUGUCUGCUCGCAGUCAAAGUCAAUCUAGAAAUUAUAAUUAUGAUUUUGAAUUUAAUUUGAAUUUAGACGAUGUGGAUGGUAAGCUAUGGACGCAACGUUCCCGCACACUUGAACGUUCUCCACAACGACCGUUACAAAAAUUAAAGCAACAGCAACAACAACAAUAUCAACAACAACAUCAGCAGCUAUAUGAAACGCGCGACAUUCCAUUAACGUCAACAUAUGUGGAACAUAAUUAUCACACAAUUAGCUCAUCAUCGCCAACUAAUGCCACUACAAUGAAGAGCAACAAUAACAAUAACAAUAUUAACCACAUUAGCAGAGAAAAUGCAAUGUUUGACAUCUAUGCAACGCCUUAUGAUAAACGUAAACGUGUAAUGGAGCCUUUAGAGGCUUUAGCGGCAGCAACAGCAACGGCGGCGGGAACGUCAGCGUCAACGCUGCGCGCUAAACGUUCAGACUAUUCAGCCACUUAUGGCAAUGAUCACUUGUAUGGUCAUGAGCAGCAUAGCAAUAUUGGUCAAAUGACGGAUAGAGCAUCGUCACCUAUUUAUGCUACAAGCACUAAAAAGGUAAACGCAGCAGCCUUAAGCACAUUACCUAGUUCGGUAACAUUUGCAAAUUCUGUUGGUGGCAAUGGCGGUGGCAGCGCUAAUAGUAGCACUAGUAGUAAUAAUGUUGCUUCAGCUUUAACAAUUACGGAUUAUCCAACAACAACAACAACAACAACAUCAACAAUGAUACGUCCAGAAACACCAGCAUUUCCUGUUACGCCGCGCACGCCAUACGCUCCAAAAGCUAAUGGUUAUCCGCAACGUACGCAGCAGCAUACGCUGACUGAGUUGCACAACUAUUCUGCGGAAACUAUCUAUGGCAACAAUUAUAGACCGCGUUUAAAUUCCACAAUAUCAAUGGCUAAUAGUGAACCUCAAGAGGUGGCAGCGCAUUUAGUGAAAUUUGCCAAAGAUUCCUCGAAAUUCUGGUACAAACCAAAUUUGUCCCGCGAAGAAGCAAUUUCUUUACUAGUAAAUGCUUCACCCGGCACAUUUGUGGUGCGCGAUUCAACGACAUAUAAAAAUGCUUAUGGUUUAGUGUUACGUGUUGCCCAACCACCGCCCGGCACCACAUCAACCGGAAAACCAGAUGAAUUGGUACGACAUUUUCUUAUAGAGCCAACCACACGAGGUGUACGUUUAAAAGGUUGCGCCAAUGAACCGGUAUUUACAUCACUCUCAGCCUUAGUCUACGAGCAUUCCACUAAUCAAUUGGCCUUACCCUGCCUAUUGAAUAUACCAGAUCGAGAUUUAGUACCGCCACUAAUAGAACCAACGGCCGCCCAGAAACAAUUAAUGACGCAAGGAGCCGCUUGCAAUGUUCUAUGGUUGUUCUCAUGCGAUACUGAAUCGCUUACCGGCGAGGAGGCUAUACGAAAAGCUAUACGACAAAUGUAUGCGCAAACGCAAUCACCCGCACCCACUGAAGUGCAUUUUAAAGUCACUCAGCAAGGUAUUACCCUAACGGAUAAUACGCGUAAGAAAUUCUUUCGUAAACAUUAUACAGCCGAGACUAUAUCUUAUUGUGCCAUUGAUCCGGAUCAUCGCUUAUGGACCAUGCAAGAGCAUGGCAACGAUAAUACAACCGUUUUAGGAGCUUUAAAGAAAACAAUAUUUGCCUUUGUGGCCAGAUGUUCGCCCAGUUCAAAGGAUAAUCAAUGUCAUGUAUUUUGCGAUUUGGCCAUAAAUCAACCGGCAUCAGCUAUCGUAUCCUUUGUUAAUAAAACUUUACCCACGGAGAAACAAAAGAAUUAUGUUCUCUGAAAUAACGAGAUUAGUAUGAGCGACAACCUAGCGAAAUACACGAUGGUGAAAACGAAACGCAAACAUGUAACAUUUAAUUUGUAAACAAUAACCAGUCACGAUAUAUUAUUUCAUAUAUAUAUGUAUAUACGUAUAUGUAUACAUUCAGAUUGUCCUAUAUAUAUAUAUAUAUAUAUAUAUAUGCAUGCAUAUAUGUAUGCUACUAUGACCAAAACCAGAGAUCAGUCCAAUUUUUUUCUUUUUUAAAUCUAUUUUGUCCCCUUGAGCCUAGUAAUUUUCAAACUCAGAUAAUAUUCCUUGGUCCUUGGAUGCACCAUCCAUAGCGCACGAAGAAACCAUCGUUAAUAUCGCCUUGAUGUUUUAAGGCCCGGACUUUGGCCCGAUUUUUUUAGUCUUGACUCAUCUUUUACACGAUACACGCUCGCUUUGCCGGCUGUUUCCGGUUCGUGUCGCGUAAUUCGCUUUUUCUGACCGAUUGAUUGCUAGAAAUCAUCUUCUGACGCCUAUUAUAAUAACU